AGAGAGGGAGUGGGAUUGAUUGGCCGCCUCUUCUCCUUCUUCUUCUUCUUCUUCGCCGCAGCCUCGGCAGAAAGAGCAGCCGCGUCGCCCCUCGCCCGUCUUCAGCGAGGCGGCAUGGAGAGGCGGCUGAAAGAGGAGGAGGAGGAAGAGCGGCGAGGACAGCGGAGGAGACGCCUGCCUGACUGACUUGACAGACUGACUGACUGACUGGAAAGAGCCGGGCUGCUGAGGAAGAGCAAGGGGGCGAGGAGGAGGAGGAGGAGGAAGAAGAAGGGGCUGCAUUGAGAGCCUCCCUCUUUCCCUGCCUCCCUCCUGCCUUUCCCUGCCUGCCUGCCUUCCUCCCCGCUGAACUUGUUGCUGCUGAGGGGAGAAGGCUGCCCAGGAAGAAGAGCCCUCCACAGCGGCUUCUCUCACCUCCCCACCCACUCCAUGCCAACUCCUCUGGACAGACUUUGCCAGUUUUAGUAGAAGCAAGAGCAAUACCACUAAGCAGCUGAGACAAUGGCGGCUGGAGUGGCAGCAUGGUUGCCUUUUGCUCGGGCAGCAGCCAUAGGAUGGAUGCCAGUGGCCACAAGCCCAAUGCCGAAUGCCCCCCGACAGGAGAGAAAGCGGAGCCAGGACUCCCUCAUUAUACUGAAUGUGAGUGGCACCCAGUUCCAGACCUGGCUGGAUACCCUGGAACGCUAUCCAGACACGCUGCUGGGCAGUUCAGAGCGGGAUUUCUUCUACCACCCAGAGACACAGCAAUACUUUUUCGACCGGGACCCUGACAUCUUCCGACACAUCCUCAAUUUUUAUCGAACAGGGAAGCUCCAUUAUCCCCGUCAAGAAUGCAUUUCAGCCUAUGAUGAGGAGUUAGCCUUCUUUGGUAUUAUCCCUGAGAUCAUUGGCGAUUGCUGUUAUGAGGAAUACAAGGAUCGGCGACGGGAAAAUGCUGAACGUCUGCAGGAUGAUGCUGAUCAGGAUAAUGCUGGUGAAUGCAAUCUGCCCUCCAUGACAGCUCGGGAAAGGAUGUGGCGGGCCUUUGAGAAUCCACACACCAGCACACUGGCCCUGGUCUUUUACUAUGUAACAGGCUUCUUCAUUGCAGUUUCUGUCAUUGCCAACGUGGUGGAGACAGUACCCUGUGGGGUAAGUCCUGGUGCCAUCAAGGAGCUGUCCUGUGGAGAGCGCUAUGAUGUAGCUUUCUUCUGCCUGGAUACAGCGUGUGUCAUGAUCUUCACGGUUGAAUACCUGUUGCGUCUGGUGGCUGCUCCCAGUCGUUACAAAUUUGCGCGUAGUGUCAUGAGCAUCAUUGAUGUUGUGGCCAUUAUGCCCUAUUACAUUGGUCUUGUCAUGACCAACAAUGAGGAUGUCAGUGGGGCCUUUGUAACACUGCGUGUCUUCCGGGUCUUCCGAAUCUUUAAGUUUUCCCGCCACUCACAGGGUUUGCGCAUCCUGGGCUACACUCUGAAAAGCUGUGCAUCAGAGCUUGGCUUUCUCCUGUUUUCUCUCACUAUGGCCAUCAUAAUCUUUGCUACAGUCAUGUUCUAUGCUGAGAAAGGCUCAACAUCCAGCAAAUUCACCAGCAUUCCUGCUGCUUUCUGGUAUACCAUUGUCACUAUGACCACUCUAGGGUAUGGUGACAUGGUGCCAAAGACAAUAGCUGGGAAGAUAUUCGGAUCAAUAUGUUCUUUGAGUGGAGUCUUAGUCAUUGCCCUUCCAGUUCCAGUCAUUGUCUCCAAUUUCAGUCGCAUUUACCACCAGAAUCAACGAGCAGAUAAGCGCCGGGCACAAAAGAAAACCAGGCUUGCCAGAAUCCGUGCAGCAAAGAGUGGAAGUGCAAAUGCUUACAUGCAGAGCAAACGGAAUGGCUUGUUCAGCGACCAGUUCCAGCAGUUAUGUGGAGACGAACAAGAGGCCUUUGUUAACAAAGCUGGCUCUUCGUUUGAAAUCCAGCACCACCACCUGCUUCACUGUCUGGAGAAAACAACGAAUCACGAGUUUGUGGAUGACCAAAUGUACGAGGAGAGCUGCAUGGAGGUUUCUACCAUCAACAGGCAUUCCAGCCACAGCCCUUCUCUUUCUUCCCAACAAGGAAUGACAAGCUCUUGCUGUUCACGACGUCAUAAAAAGACAUUCCGCAUCCCAAACGCCAACAUAGCUGGCAGCCGACCAAGUAGCAUCCAAGAACUCAGUACCAUUCAGAUCAGGUGCAUGGAAAGAACACCUCUGUCUAACAGCCGAUCCAGUUUAAAUGCCAAAAUGGAAGAGUGUGUUAAACUAAACUGUGAGCAGCCUUAUGUAACAACAGCAAUAAUCAGCAUUCCAACGCCGCCUGUGACUACACCAGAGGGAGACGAUAGACCAGAAUCUCCAGAGUAUUCAGCAGGAAACAUUGUCAGAGUAUCUGCUUUAUAAAACAGUUAAAUUAAAGACUGCUUAAAAACUGAGCUGCGGCAAAGAGAAUGAGAGCGUGGAGAAAGAGAGACAUGGCAACACUUUGUUCAAUGAACGCCAACAGGCAAUUGGAAGAUUUUGGAGAUACAAACAUGUUUGGGCUUUCAGUUCUGACUUGUGAGCAUUGGGCAACCAAAUGGAAUUUCUACAUAUCACUUGAACCUUUCUGGAGCAAACUCUUCUGUGACUCUUUUCAUUUACUCUAUGAGCACAAUGAAAUGUCUCCCAUUGAUGCUUCUUCUUACCAUGACAAAUCUUUUUAAUAAAAUAUCUAAAACAAAACCAAAAAAAAUCAAGAAAAGAAAGAUAACUACUGUUCGAACCACUUACAUUCCAACCGGAUGCAAAAUCAAGGAUGGAAACAAAGUUUUGAUAUUCUCUUUUUUCCUGUUGAUACACCAUGAACCCGUUGACAAGCUGACUUUAACGAGAGAGAGAGAGAAAAUGGCUCAUCAAUAUUUGUGCUGACUGGAAGAAACACAACCAUAAUGCAUGUGAAAAUUCUUUGGAGCUGUGAUCUGAGUUUACUUCUGUUGUUUAUUUCAGGUUAGGCAUGAUAACAUUUUACUGUAGACAAGGGGCAUUUCUGUGCACUUACAAAAAAAAGCUGAUUGUUAAUGUUCCAUUGUUGUACAAAUAACUUCCUUUUCUGAGGGUGAAAUUAAGUAUUUCUCCCUCUAAAACAUGCAUUAGUGAACUUGAGAUGUUCAAUUAGUUUAGUAUUUAUCAUUUUUUUCUCUGGCUUCCUUGGUACUGUUACAACUGCAAUAAUACAAUGUACAUCUGUUGUAUCAGGAAUCAGGCUUUUAUUUAUAUAAUUGCACAAAAAAAAUCAACUACGCAGAUAAAAGAACAAGGAUAGACAGUACAGUGUUCUCUGUUAAAGUUUAAAAUAAUUUCACAACCAAAACUAUUGUAUCACAAAUGUAGGGUUGUGGAGUUUUUUUAAUCCCCAUUAUUCUGUAAUACUUUAAAGCCAAUCAUUGCCUUUGUUUAACUUCUUUCCUCUUUGAAUGUCAAGGGUUUCUAUAGCUAAGAACUCCCUUUGAUUAACUUCAUUCUGUAGUUUUAUGUUUCUGGAACAAAACAACAGUCUUCCUAGUAUAGUGUUACUACAUCAUUAAUAUCAGCCGUAACACUAACUUGGUUUAGCAAUCAACAUCUCUUAAAUUUUACUACUAUUGAGUCCUACUACUGGACAGGCUAAGUACCGGGAGACAGAGUUAAGAGUUCCAGAGGAUUACUAAAAAUAUUGCUGGAACACUUAGGUAUUCUAACAAAGAAUGUUAUUGAAGUGAAUGCUAUGAACCUAUUGUUGCAAAACAAUAGUUGAUGUGAAGUUAUGUACUACUGUGGGAUCAAUGCACAAAUGUUACUGUUUGAAUUUAUCCUUUUGUUUGUCUGUUUCGUUGUCCAAAGGAUUUUUUAAAUGCUAUUUCCAGAAAAGUAACUUUCUUCAAUAGUUGCUAAUCUAAGAGCAUGGUGGCUUGCCAUCAUUUCAAGUCCUCAAGCAAAAAAACAAACAAAACAGAAAUAUGUUUCUAAGAACGUGUAACCAAACCUUGCAAGUGUUUCUAAAGAAAAUGCUAGAUGGACAUGUAUAGAACCUCUACUACAGAGGGCACUAUAAGAUAGUGUAUUGCCAGAUGUAUUCUCAUCUGAUCAUUGAACCCACUCAUGUAUGGAUGUAAGAAUGUCCUUAAGUGGUCUCUUGUCUGAAAUUAUGUCAGAUUAAAAAUAAUAUAUUGGA